AUUCUUCAAUUUGAUAAAUCAAAUUACAAAUAUUUCAUAUAUUUUAUAAAUUUCUAAAUAACCUUUUAAAAAAAGAUUUAAAUAUUAUUCAAAUUACACAUUUAAAAUUUGAAAUUGAAAUGAAUAUUAAUCUAAUUGAAAUUAAAAAAUAUUAUAUUAAAGAAUUUAAAAAGAUUGAUAGAAAUAUAAUGAAUUAUUUGACUAAAGCUAGCGAUAUUGAUGGAAGAGAGGUGAAAGCGUUUCCUCAACAAACGACCUUUACAACCGCUUUUGCAACGGAGAAAGACUUAUCAUCAGCGCCACAGUCUGCUGAAGUUGAUACCUCUAUCAUUGGAGCGUUUAAUACACUGAAACGCAAACCAGAGACAAGAGGCCAAGGUCCGUAUUAUCUCUCCAGUAUCGCUUACUUGUUUAAGAAACUACAGAACUCCCAUUUCUCUCACAUGACGACAACACAGAGGGAAAAUCUGACGAGAGUGACUUGGAGACUGUAUUUGGAGAACUUCCAUUCAAAAGGCCAAGAUCCAGAUCUUCUACAUGUAGCCCAGGUAUGUACAAGUGCACAAUACGUUCUGGAAGCUUGGGAGUAACAUCUAUCUAGAAUCGUCUAUUAAUUUGAAUAUUGCCGAUGCGACUUUGGCCAAGCCUCUUGCAUAUCACGACACCAAUCACGAGUCCUCGAAAGCGAUUGUAGUGCUUCCAAAAUUAUUGAUAUCUACCAUGAUGAAGAAAACGAGGCGGAAUUCUGUGAUUCCUCUGCAUGGUAUCGCUUCGGGCCAAUUAUAAAGAACACCUCUCAAUGUUCACGCUACGUCGCGCAAGUUUUGGAUACUCAACGCGUCCGUGAGUUUCACAAUAUUAUCGGAAAAGAGGAUAUUGAUGGCGAGGUGCAUUACCUGGUAGAUUGGACCCCAACUUUGAUACGAGGUAUUGUAUUAAAAAAGGCGCAAGCCCAGCCACUUAUAGAUCGAUUCGAAAAUCGGGACCAGCUACCAUCUACGACUCGUUGCAGUCUAAAUGCGAACCAAACCACAGGUGUCAAGCCUUUACAACAGGUUGUGAUCAAACCAAACAUGCAAGUUGGUACUCGAAAUCCACGUGCUGGUUCGUCCGACGAUCCAACGGCCUCCAGAAGAGACACAGCAGAAAAGAUGCUAAGAAGGACUACAAAUCCUAUUAGGACUCUGAAAGUGAAUGAUAGGAGAAAGCUUAAAAUAGUUAAAGGUCAACCGGAAGUCAGCAAGAAACUCCCGACAGCUAUAAGCUCGCGUGGAAGGGCCCUGAAGCCUAGGAAGAUAUUUGAUUCAGGUGUUAAUAAGUUUUAG